CUCACCACAAUCGAUAAGGUUGUUGCACCACGCAGUCUUGGGUUGAAUCAGUGGAAUCGUUCGUCUUGGAUUACAUCGGAUUAGAUAUAUAUUGGUGUGCAUAGCCACUGUCAGGCUACUAGUCAAGGCCUUUUACUAUCCACCAUACACAAUGGCCGUCUUUCAAUCCAAAACAUUUCGACGUUCAACAACCGCAUCAUCCUCGCUCGGGGAACGGAUUGGUGCAGCCUAUAGAGCGAGGCUUCCUAGGCACCCUUUUGUUCUUUUUGGACUACCUUUCAUCAUGAUCAUAGUCGCUGGCUCCUUUGCCUUGACCCCCGCGGCAGCCUUAAGAUAUGAGCGGUACGAUCGCAAAGUGAAACAAUUAAGUCAAGAGGAAGCCAUAGAUCUUGGACUUAAAGGAGAUGGGGAAGAUGGGAUCAAAAGGAACCCACGGCGAAGAAUAGUUGGCGAUGAGAGGGAGGAAUACUAUCGGCUCAUGGCGAAAGAUCUGGACAACUGGGAACAGAAACGGGUCCAAAGAUUCGAAGGCGAGCCUGAUGGCAAGCUAUAACGGUCCUGUGUCCGGUCAUGUAUCUGCAAUUUGUGUUGAUCGAACAUUUAUGUGUUCUGUGCUAUAAUGGGUCUCCGCUCCCUUGUUCCCACACCUUGGUGUGCAUAUAUCCGCAUGAUGCACGGGCGUGUGGAUCUGCCUUUUGAUGUAUAUUAUUUUCCUAUUUAGAUCAGGCUGUUUUUGUGUGGUAGUCAUCUGCCUCUUGCUGGUUAUUUGCUACCUGUUUUAUGGUCAUUUUCUUGGGUGUUGAGUUCACACACAUAUAUUAUUAACCUCAGUAAAUCAGUUCCUAAGAGAAGAUGAAGUACC